GUCCAGUGUAAAAGCCUUCAGAUAAGACAGACACCACAAAACGUAAAUGGUUUGAAUGCAGCGUUCACCUCAUACAACCCCAAUCAAACACACCUGAUCAAGCUAAUCAAGGUCUUUCAUUCAGAUUACUAGAAAGCUACUGGCAGGUGAGUUUGAUCUGAGUUGGAGUUGACCUAAUCUCCUUGGAUCUUUAAAACCCCAUUUACAGAUGGUGCUGUCACAACAACACAUUUAUUUUUGUUAGUUUUGUGUGCUUCACUGUUAGCUCUUUCUGGCACACCAAUUCAUUUUCCAGUGGAGACCAUUGUGAGAUCGUAGGCUGGGAGGAUGACAUCUCAAGUGUAUUGCUUGUUUGGUUCGGUUUUAUUGUGUCUGUUUGGAAGCUUGACCAUAACCGAUGCUACUCUAGGUUUGAGCCGUAUUGCCAAGCUGGUGGAGCUGACGGACGUGCUGUCCAAUCAAAGAUGUUCUUCUGAUGGUCGUGUUUCCAGUGAGCCUGGUUCAAUGAAACCAGGUCAAUGUCCUGACCCAAAGAACAUUCCACUGUCUGCUAAAAACUGUGUCCAUGAUGGUCAAUGUCCUGACCCAAAGAACAUUCCACUGUCUGCUAAAAACUGUGUCCGUGAUGGCCAGUGUCCUGCCACACAAAAAUGUUGCCCAACCAACAGUGGCCAUGGAUGCAGUGAACCAAGGGGUGCCGGACAGGGCCAGGGAAGCGGUCAGGGCGCCGGACAGGGAAGUGGACAGGGCCAGGGAAGCGGACAGGGUGCCGGCCAGGGAAGCGGACAGGGUGCCGGUCAGGGCCAGGGAAGUGGACAGGGUGCCGGACAGGGCCAGGGAAGCGGUCAGGGCGCCGGACAGGGUGCCGGCCAGGGAAGUGGACAGGGCCAGGGAAGCGGACAGGGCCAGGGAAGCGGACAGGGUGCCGGCCAGGGAAGCGGACAGGGUGCCGGCCAGGGAAGCGGACAGGGUGCCGGCCAGGGUGCCGGACAGGGCCAGGGAAGCGGACAGGGCCAGGGAAGCGGUCAGGGCGCCGGACAGGGAAGCGGUCAGGGCGCCGGACAGGGCCAGGGAAGCGGACAGGGCGUGGGUCAGGGAAGCGGCUACGGUCAGGGAACAGGUAGUGGACAGGGAGUUGGUCAGGGAAGCGGCUACGGUCAGGGAAGCGGCUACGGCCAGGGAUCUGGUAUUGGUCAGGGAAGCGGCUACGGCCAGGGAUCUGGUAGUGGACAGGGAGUUGGUCAGGGAAGCGGCUACGGUCAGGGAAGCGGCUACGGUCAGGGAAGCGGCUACGGCCAGGGAUCUGGUAGUGGACAGGGAGUUGGUCAGGGAAGCGGCUACGGUCAGGGAAGCGGCUACGGCCAGGGAUCUGGUAGUGGACAGGGAGUUGGUCAGGGAAGUGGCUACGGCCAGGGAUCUGGUAGUGGAGAGGGAGUUGGUCAGGGAAGCGGCUACGGUCAGGGAAGCGGCUACGGUCAGGGAAGCGGCUACGGUCAGGGAAGUGGCUAUGGCCAGGGAUCUGGCAGUGGACAGGGAGUUGGUCAGGGAAGCGGCUAUGGCCAGGGAUCUGGCAGUGGACAGGGAGUUGGCCAGGGAAGCGGUCUGUGAUGUGGUCAGGGAAAUUGUGGUCUUUGAAACUUUCUUGGAAUUUUGCAUAACGUCUACAGGAGAUCUUUUCAAUUCAGUGCUAUGUUCAUAAGGGUUUUUCCCUUUUUGCUCUAACAUUUCAGAGAGACUGUCUCUGCCUCCUUCCCUUAAAUAAAAAGAAAAUUGCUUGA